AGUGGAUCAAGAUCAACAGCAACUAAAUUUCCAUAUACUACCUUAAUUUAGAUAAAAAUCACAUAUUUACGUCAGCCUGAUAGCAAUUAAAGAUUCACCAAAAAUAUAAACGACAAUAGAAACGUAUAGUGCUAGCAAUGAAGACCGCUUUAAUUUUUGUGUUGUGUUUGUCACCAAUUUGGGCAAUUUCAAGAGGUAACACAAAACCCUUCAUUAGUCACACAUUUAUAAUAAGUAAAACUUUAGGUGCCCGCAUCAUCGGUGGUCAAGAUUCUUACGCUGGAGAGUUUCCAUACGCUGCAGCCAUUUACAAGUCGACAGCUGAAGGAAACUAUUUCUGCACUGGAUCAGUUCUGAACAAAGAAUGGAUCAUUACAGCUGGUCAAUGCGUGGAUGGGGCUCUACUGUUUACAAUUCUUUUGGGCACACAUAAACUAAAUGGGGAUGAAGCGUCUGUACAUAGAGUAGCAACAGAGCACUACGUUCUACAUCCAGAUUACAACCCAGACACUCUAGCACAUGAUAUUGGACUUAUUAAAUUCCGAGCACCUAUUACUUUCACCACAUAUAUCAGAAAUCUGUAUCUACCAUAUGCAGGAAUGCAUGACGACACAUCAGGCAUAGCUUAUGGUUGGGGUCAAAUUUCUGAUGACGUAUCUGAUCUCUCGGAUACCCUCAAUUAUGUAACUUUGAAGGCUGUUUCUGAUGCUGAAUGUAGAAUCACCUAUGGAAGCCAACUAGUUGAAAACAUGGUGUGUUUCGAAGGCAAUUACAACGAGGGAACUUGCUUUGGUGACAGUGGCAGUCCGAUUAUACAACACGCCAGCAGAGGAUAUACUAUUAUUGUUGCUGUGUCAACCUUUUUCAGCUCAAAUGGAUGUGAGAGUACAGAUCCUUCUGGGUACACAAAAGUGUUCCCUUACAAUGACUGGAUAAAUAAUGUAACUAAAACGCAAUAAAUUUGAUGUAGAAACAAUAUAA